AUGGCAUUGCACCACGACGAGGACUCCAAGCCGACAGCCGACUUCAUCGAGUAUCCAGAACCAGACAAGGGCAAUGAAGUGCUCCCCACGCCGCAAAAGGGCGUUGACGAGGAACAGGCCGCCCUCUACAGAGAGUUCGAGGCCAAGGACGAGGAGUGGCAUCACUAUAUGCACAAGAAGCUCAUGCGGAAGGUCGAUUGGCACCUGUUGCCGCUGCUUAUCUUGAUGUACCUGCUCAACUUUCUGGACCGGAGCAACCUCGCACAGGCCCGGCUCGGCACGCUUGAGGAGGACUUGAACAUGACGGGCACCAAUUACAAUCUUGCUACCAGCAUUCUCUUCGUCGGCUACCUCCUCAUGCAAAUCCCGUCCAACCUUCUUCUCACCCGCAUCCGCCCGUCCAUGUACCUGGGAAUUUGCAUGGGGAUCUGGGGCGCCAUUUCGGCCGCCCAGGCCGCGGUGCACAAUUUUAGUGGCCUGGUCGCCGCACGUUUCAUGCUCGGAUUCGCCGAAGCCCCUUUCUUUGCCGGUGCUGUCUUUUUGAUGAGUUCGUGGUACACACGUGCCGAAUUGGCCCACCGCAUCUCGAGGUUCUACGCCGGCAGUGCCCUAGCAAACGCUUUCGGAGGACUCUUGGGCGCCGGUUGUCUCGGAAAUCUCCACAAUGUACACGGGAUAUCUGGGUGGAGAUGGCUGUUCAUCAUUGAAGGCGUCAUCACCGUUGGCGUCGCCGUCGUCGCUGCUGUUGUCCUGCCCGACUAUCCGGCCAACACGCGCUGGCUCACGCCUGAAGAGCGAAGCUACGCUCAGUGGCGACUGCUGGACGACACGGGUGAGGCCGAUGACGCAGAGGCAUCUUCCGUUCUGGAGGGCGUCAAACUGGCGAUGCGUGAUCCGAAGCUGUACAUCUUCACGCUAUUACAGCACGCGUCGCUGCUCACACAAACGUUCCAGUACUUCUUCCCCACCGUCAUCGAAACGCUCGGCUACGGCACCAUUGAGACGCUGCUCAUCACUGCCCCCGUGUGGAUUGCCACUUUCCUUGUUGGCCUACUCGUGACCUGGACUUCAGGCAAGACGGGUGACCGCAGCAUUCAUAUUAUGUGCCUGAGUAUGAUCUCGUGCGUUGGUAAUAUUAUCUGUAUCGCAACGCUGAAUAUCCCCGCUCGCUUCUUUGCCAUCUUCUUGAUGCCGAUGGGCGCCGUAGCCGGCUACCAAAUCAUCAUCACUUGGGUCGCCAACUCGUUCCCCCGCCCGCUCGUCAAACGCAGCGCCUGCAUCUCCUUCGCCAACAUGGUCGGCAAUAGCGCCAACAUUUACGGCCCUUACAUGUACCCUUCCUCGUCCGGCCCGCGCUACAUCCCCGGCGGCGGCGCCACCGCCGGCACCGCCCUCUUCGUCACCGUCCUGGCCUUCAUCAUCAGGCUGAUCCUGGCCAGAGACAACCGGAAGAUGGAGCAGAGGGAGCUGCGGGACGCCGAGGACGUGGCGGCCCAUGCAGGCGAGGGCGAGGCGAGGCCGGUUGGCUUUAGGUACAUUCUGUGA